AUGGUCCACAUCUCUGCACCCUCAGGUGUGAGCGAAGCGCCAGUCGGAGUGAAGUUUGAGAAUGUGGGGUCCAACACCGCUACUCUCCGCUUCACUCAAGCCAACACCAACGGAGACAACUGUAAGGAGUACGUGGUGGAGGCGCAGACAGAGUUCGAUGACAUUUUCUUCACGGACAGACUGUGGACACAGGUUUGGCGGGGUGCACCAAGUGCCCUCAGAAAUGGACGUGGGGGGUCCAAGCUUCUCCGCCUGACCAACCUGAAGCCGUACACCGAGUACAGGUUCCGCGUCCUCUGCUUAAAUAUGUACGGUAUGGGGGAGCCGAGCUGGCCGACCGAGAAAAACAGGACCUUACCAGGAGCCCCAUCCCGAGCACCAGGAAAGCUGGGUUACGGCAAUGGCAUGGCAGGAGAUGUGCUGAUGAGUUGGGAGCCACUUGAAGAGUCCGACUGGGGAGACUACACGAUCGGUUACCGUGUACGAUACCGCAGACUGGGUACCGGGGACAAGUUCAGAGUGGUCUACAUCGACAACCCUGAGGCCGCAGCCUACGCACACAUCCAGCCUCCAGCACCCAUCAACGUGCCGUACGAGUGUAAGAUCGCGGCUUACAAUAACUACAGUGUCGGACCGGAGGCCUCGUGGAUCGCAUAUUCAUCUUCAGGGCUACCAGAUUACCCAAGAAACUUGGAAAUCAUAAAACAGACCAACAACAGUGUGACGAUGCAAUGGGACAAGAUCCCGAACUUCAACGGCCCGAUCCCGUUCUGGGGUGUCCGGUACUGGCGAGAGCAAGACCGCCCAAGGGCCGCUCGUCGAAACUCUACGAUACGGUACAAACGUUCAGUCAGCUGGUGGUGGGACACCUGGCUCCGUUACAUCCCAGAGGAAGAGGAGGAGGAUGAAACAGGGUUCCAGUACGCCCGUCUCUAUGACGACGGUCUGACAAAAGUACCAGGACCUCCUGGCAAGGAGACGUACAUACUUCGCGGACUUCAGCCGAGCACGCUCUAUAACUUCCAGGUGCGAGCCAACAGCCAUCCAUAUUUUGGCGAGUACAGCAACAUCACCCGUGCGAUAACACUGAGAACUGGCAACCCGUGGCUCCAGGGAUUGAGAGGCACCUGGUGGAUCCCGAUCCUGUUCUGGUUCAUGGUGACACUACUGAUCGUCCUGCUGCUCAUCCUUUCCUGUUGCUGCUGUCUUUGGUGCAGUGUGAGGCAUCGUGGCAAACCCAAAAAUGAACUAUUUCUCCUGGCCAAGACCAACGGAAAAGCAAAGAAUUAUGAAGUAGAUGUCAUGACAGACUACCACAAGGGAGUGUUGAAGCAGUUUCGGGACACUAUCGUCAGAUACGUCAGUCCGAAACCUGUUACUGACCAUCUCGUCAACUGUGAUGCCCUACCCCAGGCAAUAGCAGGGCAGAUCGAGCAGAUUGAGCAGAUAGAGGAUCCCGAUUCGGCCAAUGAGAGGCUUCUGGACAUCCUGCCGAACCGCCCAGAUUUUGCCUUUGACCGAUUCUGCGAUGGAGUCCGCCCUGAACACCCUUGGCUGUCUGAUCUACUGGAGGGGGAAGAAGAAGAAAUGACAGACGACCACAGGACCACCCUUCAGUCUCACCAGGAGACCCUGGCUGCUACUGUUGACCCUCAUCCAGUCAUCAGCCACAUGGAGGAGAAUAAGUACUUCAACCCAAUGGAGGCAGAACACCUCAUGAGCCUUUCCAGCAAAGAAGAGACGAACAAUACCGUGAUUGACAUGCUGAAAGAUCGUCCUGAUCCCGCCUUCUACCACUACCUGAUGUGUCUGGAGAAGCAGGACACCGAACUAGCUGCCAAGAUAGGAGGCCCAGACUACCAGGUGAACAUCAAGAGGCUUCAGCUCGAGAUGGAGACCAGGGCCAACAUGGAGACCGUCAUGAGGAUGGACACCCGCCUGCAGCCUUCUCACAUGGUCGCUGACGGACCGUGGGACGAUAUCGAUGAUAAGAGUGAUGCUGAAUCCUGGCACAUCGACAUGCCAAUGUUAAAGAGUACUGAUGAGUUGAAGACGCUCAACACUGUGGCUGUUGAGCCAGAAGAGGAGAAGAAGAUGUCGAACAUGCUUGCUGUUGAGCCAGCAGAGACGAAGAUGACUAAGAUGGAUGCUGUGGACGCUCCAAACAUGUCUUCUGGUCUGGACGCUGUGCAGCCACCACCAGAGACCCAAUCAGCUCAUCCCUUUGAGUCUCAGUCCGGAAGCACCAUUGAAGUAGACAAUGGCAAUCCCAUCAUCAUUGAGAUUGUCGGAGACGCCAAGAGCGUGCGUUGGCUGCAUGAAGGGACUCCACUACCCAACAACGAGUUGUACCAGCAGUCCACCGAGGGCGAAGACCUGCACUCCCUUUUCAUCGCCGAGGUAUCCGGACAGAACCAAGGCUGUUACACCUGUGAGGGGACCACGGAAUACGGCGUGGUCAACUGUGACAUCUUCCUCAAGGUCCGAGAACCGCAGACCGAGACUGUGUCACAAGUGUAGAACUACUGGCUACAAUUCAAUAGACCGAAC